AUCCAGCCCCGGGAUCCAUCAUCGGGAUCCAGCUCCGCUCCCGCAUCCCGGCGGCGGGGCCGCCCCCUCCUCCAUGCGGAGCGGGGCCCGGGGGCGAUGCCGGCGCCGCUGCUGCUGCUGCUGUUGGCGGCCGCCAUUACCCCCCGCGGACACACGGGGGCGCCCGCGGCACUGCGCAUGGCCGCCAUCCUGGACGAGCGGGGGGUGUGCGGGGGGGGGCAGCGGUUGGCGCUGGCGCUGGCGCGAGAGAGACUCAACGGGGGGGGGGCGACCGCCAAGCUGGAGCUGGAGAUCCAUGAGCUGGAGCGGGACAGCGCCUAUGAGAGCACUGGAACCAUGUGCCAGAUCCUGCCCAAGGGAGUCGUGUCUGUGCUGGGACCUGCUGACAGCCCCACAGCUGCUGCCACCGUCAGCCACAUCUGUGGGGAGAAGGAGAUCCCACACAUCAAGGUGGGUCCGGAGGAGACCCCUCGCCUGCAGUACCUUCGCUUCGCCGCCGUGAGCCUCUACCCCAGCAAUGAGGACGUGAGCUUGGCCCUGGGUCACAUCCUGCACCGGUUCCCAACCCGCUCAGCAUCCCUGCUGUGUGCCAAGGCUGAGUGCCUGCUGCGCCUGGAGGUCCUCCUUGGCGCGUUCCCCAUCUCGCGGGAGUCUCUCUCAGUUCGGAUCCUGGAGGAGGAGACGGAUCCGACUCCUGUGCUCAAGGAGAUCCGGGAUGACCGAGUGGGAACCAUCAUCAUUGACGGCAGUGCUGGGGUGGCACUGAGCGUGCUCACCAAGGCCUCUGAGCUGGGCAUGACCUCGGCCUUCUACAAGUACAUCUUGACUACCAUGGACUUCCCAGUGCUGCGGUUGGGGUCGGCGGCUCCGCGCUCGGUCUUGGGGUUCUCCAUGUUCAAUCUCAGCCAUCACUUCUACCCCGAGUUCGAGCUCAGCCUCAACCUGUCGUGGCGAGAGAGCUGCGGACACAGCCCCUACCCGGGGCCCACGCUGUCGGCGGCGCUGCUGUUCGACGCGGUGCACGUGGUGGUCGGUGCCGUCCGCGCCCUCAACCGCAGCCAGGAGGUCGGAGGUCGCGCCCUGGGUUGUACCACACCUGGGAUCUGGGCACCGGGCACCAGCCUGAUGAACUACCUGAGGAUGGUGGAGUACGAUGGGUUAACUGGACGUGUGGAGUUCAACAGCAAGGGCCAGAGGACCAACUACACCCUCCAUGUGCUGGAGAAGGGGCGCGAUGGGCACCGCGAGGUGGGUGUGUGGUACUCCAAUAGGACCUUGGCUAUGAACGCCACCACAUUGGCCAUCAAUGCAUCCGAUAGCUUGGCCAACAAGACCCUCAUCAUCACCACCAUACUGGAGAACCCCUACGUGAUGCGCGUGGGGGGCGCGGGAGGCCCCGAGCGCUACGAGGGCUUCUGCGUGGACAUGCUGCAGGAGCUGGCGGGGCUGCUCAAGUUCCGCUUCCACAUCAAACUGGUGGAGGAUGGGCUCUAUGGGGCGCCCGAGCCCAACGGGUCCUGGACCGGGAUGGUGGGAGAGCUCAUCAAUAGGAAAGCUGACCUCGCCGUCGCCGCCUUCACCAUCACUGCCGAGCGCGAGAAGGUCAUUGACUUCUCCAAGCCAUUCAUGACACUGGGCAUCAGCAUCCUGUACCGCGUGCACAUGGGCCGCAAGCCGGGGUAUUUCUCCUUCCUAGACCCCUUCUCUCCGGCCGUGUGGUUCUUCAUGCUCCUGGCGUACCUGGCUGUGAGCUGCGUCCUCUUCCUGGCUGCCAGGCUCAGCCCCUACGAGUGGUACAACCCCCACCCGUGCCUCCGGGAGCGCCGGAACCUCCUGGAGAACCAGUACACACUGGGCAACAGCCUCUGGUUCCCAGUUGGGGGCUUCAUGCAGCAGGGCUCGGAGGUGCUGCCCCGCGCGCUGUCCACGCGCUGCGUCAGCGGCGUCUGGUGGGCAUUCACCCUCAUCAUCAUCUCGUCCUACACCGCCAACCUGGCGGCCUUCCUCACGGUGCAGCGCAUGGAGGCGCCGGUCGAGUCUGCCGACGAGCUGGCGGAUCAGACCAACAUCGAGUAUGGCACCAUCCAUGCCGGAUCCACCAUGACCUUCUUCCAGAACUCGAGGUACCAGACCUACCAGCGCAUGUGGAACUACAUGCAGUCCAAGCAGCCCAGCGUCUUCGUCAAGAGCACGGAGGAAGGCAUCGCUCGUGUCCUCAACUCCAAGUACGCCUUCCUAUUGGAGUCCACCAUGAACGAGUACCACCGGCGCCAUAACUGCAACCUGACCCAGAUCGGGGGGCUGCUGGACACCAAGGGCUAUGGCAUCGGCAUGCCAUUGGGGUCCCCGUUCCGCGAUGAGAUCACAUUGGCCAUACUGCAGCUGCAGGAGAACAACCGCUUGGAGAUCCUCAAGAGGAAGUGGUGGGAAGGGGGACACUGUCCCAAGGAGGAGGAUCAUAGGGCGAAAGGGUUGGGCAUGGAGAACAUCGGGGGCAUCUUCGUGGUGCUGGUUUGUGGCCUCAUCGUCGCCAUCUUUGUGGCCGUGGUGGAGUUCGUGUGGUCAACGCGGCGCUCGGCCGAGAGCGAGGAGAUCUCCCUAUGCAAUGAGAUGCUCCGGGAGCUCCGCCGUGCUGUGUCCUGCCGCAAGCCCUCCCGUGCUCGCCGUCGGAGGAGACCAAUGGGGCGAUCCGGGGGGGGGGUCCCCCCCCAUCACCCCCAUAGCGGGGGGGGCACAAUGGGGUCCGCUCAUCACGGGGGGGGGGGGGCCCCCCCCUGCGCUGAGGGAGAUGCGCUUUAG